GUGGCAACAAAAACCGAAUCAAACAAAAAUGCAGGCAAUGCUAUUCUUUAUGAAUGUGUUGCAACCAUUAUGAGCGUUGAAGAUAAUGGCGGUUUGAGGGUACUUGCUAUUAAUAUUCUGGGAAGAUUUUUGUCCAACCGUGAUAACAAUAUCAGAUAUGUUGCACUGAACAUGUUGAUGAAAGCUCUGGCUGUAGAUAGUCAAGCAGUGCAGAGGCAUCGGGCAACAAUUUUGGAAUGUGUGAAGGAUACCGAUCCAUCGAUUCGUAAAAGAGCCGUUGAACUUGUGUAUCUCUUAGUAAACGAGAGCAAUGUGAAGCCUAUGACGAAGGAGUUAAUUGAAUAUCUAGAAGCAAGUGAUCCGGAGUUUAGGGGAGAUCUCACUGCCAAAAUCUGUUCGAUUGUGGAGAAGUUCUCACCAGAGAAAAUUUGGUACAUCGAUCAGAUGCUUAAGGUUCUCCCUGAGGCUGGAAAUUAUGUGAAGGAUGAGGUGUGGCAUUCUCUGAUUGUGGUGAUAACAAAUGCUUCUAACCUCCAUGGUUAUGCAGUACGGUCGUUAUACAGAGCAGUGCAAGCAGCAGGGGAACAGGAAACUCUCGUUCGAGUUGCGGUUUGGUGCAUUGGAGAAUAUGGUGACAUGUUAGUAAAUAACGCUGGAAGGCUUGAUAUUGAAGAACCACUGACAGUAACAGAAUCUGAUGCAGUGGAUGUUGUGGAGACUUCCAUUAAGAGCCAUUCAUUUGAUCUCACUACUCGGGCGAUGUGUUUGAUUGCUUUGUUAAAGCUGUCGAGUCGCUUUCCAUCUUGUUCACAGCGGAUAAAUGACAUCAUUGUUCAGUACAAAGGCAGCUUUGUGCUUGAACUGCAGCAGAGAGCUAUUGAAUUUAACUCAGUAAUUGAGAGGCAUCAGAAUAUCAGGCCUUCACUUGUUGAAAGAAUGCCAGUUCUUGAUGAAGCAACCUACAGUGGAAGGAAGGCUGGCUCUUUGCCAGCAGCUGGAUCAACAUCUCAAGGAGUAUCAGUUAAUCUUCCAAAUGGAGUUGCCAAGCCUAGUGCUGCCCCUCUUGUUGACUUACUUGAUCUUAGUUCAGAUGAUGUCCCUGCACCUAGUUCUUCUGGUGGAGACUUUCUUCAGGAUCUUCUUGGUGUUGAUCUGGCGCCAGUGUCUUCACAAUCAGGUACAAAUCAGGCUCAAAAGAGUGGCACCGAUGUUUUACUGGAUCUUCUGUCAAUUGGAACACCACCUGCUAAUAGCAGACCAUCUACAACUCAGGUGUCGCCCUCCAAUGUUGACAUUAGAAGUCCGUUGGAUCUAUUAGAUAGAUUGUCUUCACCUUCGGCUCCUUCAGUGCAAGUCUCGCCUACAGCUGGAAGUUCUCCUAUGUUGGAUUUAUUGAAUGGGUUCCCUUCCAGUCCAUCAAUUCCUGUUACAGAAGGCAAUGGUCCAGCGUAUCCAUCAAUAGUUGCAUUUGAUAGUAGCUCGUUAAAAUUAACGUUCAACUUCUCAAAGCAGCCUGGAAACCCUCAUACAACACUUAUUGAAGCUAGUUUUACAAACAAGUCACAAGAAGUUCUCACAAACUUUAUUUUCCAAGCAGCAGUACCAAAGUUUCUUCAACUGCACUUGGAUCCAGCAAGUGGUAAUACGCUACCUGCAAAUGGUAAUGGAUCAAUCACGCAAAAGUUGAAAAUCACAAACAGCCAACAUGGCAAGAAAUCCCUUGUCAUGCGCAUACGGAUAGCUUAUAAGGUGAAUAAUAAAGAUGUAUUAGAGGAAGGCCAAGUCAACAAUUUUCCUCGUGAUUUGUGAGGUUGAAUGGCCCUAGAAGAGGAUGAUUUGCGAGAGCUUACAUUAUUAAUCAGUACGCGGAGGCUUCAGCUCAUUGUUUGUAUUGUUCUGGGAGAUGUAGCAUGUGCUAGUCGGAUUUCAAGUAGCUUCGCUCCUCAAAGUCCUCCUCCUUUCCUUCCUUCAAAGAUAGCCAGUGUACAUUAUGAUCUGAUAAACCCAAGUAUGCCAUUGUGGAAGUCGAAUUUUGCCUUUGAGGCACAUACACAGGAGACCUUGUUGGACUCCUUGUUAAAAGUUUUGAUAUAUGUAAGUCUCAUUUUUUUUCUAGAUUUUUGAGUAAUCACAUUCAAGAAUUGUAAUAUAGGUUGAGUUGGGACCUUGGCUAUAUUUUAGACAUUUCUUUUUUGAGUUAUAUAAAAUGCGUUGUUUUUACUUUAUCCA